UUAAUUAGAGAUGAUGGAAUUAAUCCAGCUGCAAGUAUUACAGGUGAAGUAUGGUUGAAGUUAGAUUGGAAUAGAGGUUAUAAUAGUUGUUUAGUUUGUGUGAUUUUGGAGGAUCUAUACCAAUUUGAGAUUUUAGAGAUUAUUGAUUGUUGGAUUGUUCCCCAUGGACUUGUGUCCAAAUUAGAAUUAUCUUGGCAAGAAAAUAG